UUAAUUUUAAUUUAGGUUUUGCUUAUGAGUGUGUUUACUUCCUGAAAAUUUUUUGAGUUGUACACUCAUGAUUUAUGCCCUUUUCUAAUAUGUAAUAUUUUAAAAUAAAAAUAACCUUAAUAGUGUAAACUUUUGUAAACAUCCAUUAUUGCUUAUUUCAUGAAUAUAAUCAAAUAAGAAUCACACAAAAGAAAGUUUCUUCAAGUACUCAAAAGAUAUUUUAUGAGGAAUACUAGUGUUGUAGUUUGUUCUGAAUAGUAUUCUUUCGCUGGAAGUUAACUUAGCACAUGUUUAUUUAGAACUUACAAUAACUGAGAAGUGGAGAUACAACUGGGAACACUUCUGUGACUUUCUAACUUGGAAAGAGACGGCAAAUACUAUAUGCAAUAGUAAAUAAGGACGCCUGGUGGUGCUGCAGGCUAGGAGUAGGAAUGAAUGGCUCUGUGGAUACCCGGGAAGCCAUUAAGCUGGGAAUCAGAACUCUGAAUGCUUUCUAAAAGAAGGAAGCAUUUUACAUAAGAUCUAGAGGCAGAGAUCUCCAGAGAAGGGCAUCGUUCUACUGCAGGUCAGUCAGAAAGAUCUAAUUCGAGUUUAUUUAGCCAAAUCAUCUGGGUUGAUUGCAUACGGAAUUGAAGAAACUGCAAGUUCUUGAACCGGGUCUGAACAAUGGAGACUGCACCAGCAAAAACGCUACAGAAAAGGCAAGUUAUCUUUCUUGCUAUAUUAUUGCUUUUGUGGGAGGCUGGCUCUGAAGCAGUUAGGUAUUCCAUGCCAGAAGAAACUGAAAGUGGGUCUUUUGUGGCCACCCUGGCAAAAGACCUGGGGCUCAGGGUGGGGGAACUGGCCACUCGGGGCGCGCGAAUCCAUUACAAAGGAAAUAAACAGCUCUUGCAGCUGGAUGUAACGACCGGGAAUUUGCUUCUAUAUGAAAAACUAGACCGGGAGGUGCUGUGUGGGGCGACAGAUCCCUGCAUACUGCAUUUCCAACUAUUACUGGAAAACCCGGUGCAGUUUUUUCAAGCUGAUCUGCAGCUCACAGAUAUAAAUGACCAUUCCCCAGAGUUCCUCGAGAGGGAAAUGCUCCUAAAAAUCCCAGAAAACGUCCAGACAGGGACUGUGUUUCCUUUGAAAAUAGCUCAGGACUCUGACAUAGGUAGCAACACUAUUCAGAAUUACACAAUCAGCCCCAACUCCCAUUUUCAUGUUGUCACUCAUAAUCGCGGAGAUGGCAGAAAAUACCCAGAGCUGGUGCUGGACAAACCGCUGGAUCGGGAGGAAGGGCCUGAGCUCAUUUUAACCCUCACGGCGCUGGAUAGUGGGGCUCCGCCCAGGUCCGGGACCACUGCAGUCCGCAUUGAAGUCGUGGACAUCAAUGACAACGCCCCUGAGUUUUUACAGUCGGUCUAUGAGGUACAGAUUCCGGAGAACAGCCCCCUAAACUCCUUAGUUGUCGCUGUCUCCGCCCGAGAUUUAGAUGCAGGAACGAAUGGGAAUGUAGCCUACGCUCUAUUCCAAGGUGAUGAAGCUACUCAACCAUUUGUAAUAGACGAAAUAACAGGAGAAAUUCGUCUGAAAAGGGCAUUGGAUUUCGAGGCAACUCGAUAUUAUAACGUGGAGAUUGCAGCCACAGAUGGCGGGGGCCUUUCAGGAAAAUGCACUGUAGUUAUAGAGGUGGUGGAUGUGAACGACAACGUCCCCGAACUGACCAUGUCGACGCUCACCAGCUCUACCCCAGAAAACUCCCCAGAGACUGUGGUGGCCGUUUUCAGUGUUUCUGAUCCAGAUUCCGGGGACAACGGUAGGAUGGUUUGCUCCAUCCAGAAUGAUCUCCCCUUUCUUUUGAAACCCACAUUCAAAAACUUUUACACCCUAGUGACCGAGAGGCCACUGGACAGAGAAAGCAGAGCGGAAUACAACGUCACCAUCACCGUCACAGAUAUGGGGACACCGAGACUGAAAACCCAGCACAACAUAACCGUGCUGGUGUCCGACGUCAACGACAACGCCCCCGCCUUCACCCAGACCUCCUACACCCUGUCCGUCCGCGAGAACAACAGCCCCGCCCUGCACAUCGGCAGCGUCCGCGCCACAGACAGAGACGCGGGCGCCAACGCCCAGGUCACCUACUCGCUGCUGCCGCCCCUCGACGCGCACGUGCCCCUGGCCUCCCUGGUGUCCAUCAACCCGGACAACGGCCACCUGUUCGCCCUGAGGUCCCUGGACUACGAGGCCCUGCGGGCAUUCGAGUUCCGCGUGAGCGCCGCCGACCGCGGCUCGCCCGCGCUCAGCAGCCAGGCGCUGGUGCGCGUGCUCGUGGCGGACGACAACGACAACGCGCCCUUCGUGCUGUACCCGCUGCAGAACGCCUCGGCGCCCUGCACCGAGCUGGUGCCCAGGGCGGCCGAGGCGGGCUACCUGGUGACCAAGGUGGUGGCGGUGGACGGCGACUCGGGCCAGAACGCCUGGCUGUCGUACCAGCUGCUCAAGGCCACGGAGCCCGGCCUGUUCGGCGUGUGGGCGCACAACGGCGAGGUGCGCACGGCCCGGCUGCUGAGCGAGCGCGACGCGGCCAAGCACAGGCUGCUGGUGCUGGUCAAGGACAACGGCGAGCCGCCGCUCUCGGCCAGCGUCACGCUGCACGUGCUGCUGGUGGACGGCUUCUCGCAGCCCUACCUGCCGGCCUCUGAAGCGGAAGCGGCGGACGCGGCCCCGGCCGCCCCGCUCACCGUCUACUUAGUGGUGGCCUUGGCGUCGGUGUCGUCGCUCUUCGUCUUCUCGGUGCUGGUGUUCGUCGCGGUGCGGCUGUGCAGGAGGGGCGGGGCGGCCUCGGUGGGUCGCUGCUCGGUGCCCGAGGGCCACUUUCCGGGCCACCUGGUGGACGUCAGCGGCACGGGGACCCUGUCCCAGAGCUACCAGUACGAGGUGUGUCUGACGGGAGGCUCCGGGUUAAAUGAGUUUAAAUUCUUGAAGCCGAUUCUCCCCAACCUCCCGACCCAGGGCGCUGGUGAAGAAAUAGAGGAAAACGCCAACUUCCGGAAUAGCUCUGGAUUCAGUUAGGGAUCUCAUCAUGAUGCAAGGUAUUUGUCAUUUAUCUCUAAUUUCCCCAGAUACCGAAUUUGAGGGCGUCAUGGAGAAAAAUUCCAUCUUCCGAUAUAGCCUUGAUUUCCUUUUUGUAAUGAAUUAGUCCAUUUAACUUUCCCUUGUCCAAUUUUUGAAAACUAAAUUCUGUUGUCAUUGCAUUUAUUUAUAGUGUGCCAUUCCAAAUCCUUGCAUGCUGUUGAUUUUCCUGAAAUUUUUGCUCCUUCCGUUGGUACUUGUUGCAAUGAACUGUCUUAAUAAAAUAUUGUUUUCUCUAUAUUCAUUCUGUUUCAUCACGCUCUAAGUUAUUUGAUGCUAAAUAGCAAAAAUUUAAAAUGUUUAAAUAUUCAUUUUGUUUGCAAAGGAAUACAUUCAUAUAACAAAUAUAAUACGUGAGAAAGCAUGAUGAAAACCAACACUUCUAUUUACACUUCUUUCCUAGCUCUCAUCCUACUGGCAAAUAAUUCUUUAAAUGAAUAUUUUAUUUCAAUUAUAACAUACAUACAGAAAAGUGAAAAAUCCUUAACACAGCUCACUGUAUUUUCAGAAAGUGAACAUACUUGGUAUCAGCAUCUUGAAGAAACGAAGCAUUACUAGCAUCCCAGGUGCCACACAAAUUACCCCUUAAAAUCACUACCAGCUCAAGUAUAACAAAUAUCUCAACUUCCAAUACUAUAGUUCAGUUUUGCCUGUUUUGAAUUUAUAUAAAUGGAAUAGUAGAGUGUGAACUGUUUUGCAUCUGGCUUCUCAACAAUAUGUUUAUGACAUUUAUCCGUGAUACUGCUUUUAAUUUUAGUUCUUCAUUCUUGUUGCUGUAUAGUAUUCCACUGUAUGAAUAUGUCACAAUUUAUAACCCAUCUUACUGUAUGUGGAUAUUGGGGUUGGUGCAACGUUUGGCUGUUUGAAUAAUGCUACUAUAAACAUUCUCUUACAUGUCCUUCAACAAACAUGUAUAUGCAUUUCUGUUGGGUAUAUACCUAAGGGUGGAAUUGCUACUCAUUUAGUAAGUGCAUGUCCACUUUUAGUAGAUAUUUCCAAAUCGUUUUCCAAAGUGGUUGUCCCAGUUUACAUUGCUUUCAACAGUGUCUGGAUAUACCAGUUCCUCAGCAUUCCUGCCAACACCUGGUAUUAUCUGUUUUUCAUUUUAUCCCUUUGGAAAGCACUUUUAAACCUUCAUUUUCUAACUUUUUAAACACUUUCUUAUCACUAAAGAAUAUGUUUGUAACUUUUUCGUAAACUUUAAACAAUUAAUUUCAUGCUAUUGUUGUUUGGUAUCUGGUACUUAAAAUUUCUCUCAUACAUCCUUCACAUAUAGCUGUCUCACUAUUUUCUAUUACUUCUCUGCUCAAACUGAAAGCUCCAUUUAUUGUUCCACUAACAACAGUUUCUUUUGAUUUUCUUGGAUGAAAGAAACUAAUAGAAUUCUUAUUUUUCCUGUUACUUGUUUUUCCCUUAUACUUUCAAACCUCUCAAAAAUGCGCUUUUACUUUUAUAUAGUUAGGGUUAAUGACCCAUUCUACAACUGUAGCUAAGAAUUCCUUGUUUGUCUAUAGAUGUUUUAAAACCUGAAAAGCAAUGUUAAAAUUUUACUUUUAAUGACCAUAUAAAUUAUGAAUGCCCUGCAGGUAAAGAUCACCAGGAACACAUUAUAUCAGAACAUUAUAGUCAGUAAAGGUGGGUUUACUGACUUAUAAUGAGGGAGACUGCACACCAUGGGGAACCAUGGGUCAACUAAGUAACAGUGCCCUACAAAGGAGUUAGAGGAUUUGGGCUUAUGUUAGGUGAUUGCGGUAGGGUUCAAGAAAGUCUCCUUCUUUCCUUCUUCUUUUUUUUUUAAUUCCUUCUCUUUGCUACAGUAUAUCCUCUAGUGGCUUCUUAAGAGAGAGUGCACAAAAAUAAACUUUCUCUGUCUCUGCAUAUCUGAAAAUGCAUUUAGUUUUCACUUCCACUUCAUAAAUGUCUUACGUGUUACUUAUGUCAUUCAAUGUUUUAUACAUUCUAACGAUUCGUGCCUUUUCAUAUCUGGGAUUUUUUCAUCUCUAGUAUUAUUUCCUUAAUAAUUGUAUUCCUAACUUUAGCUUGUUAUGUUUGUCUGAGACUUGUACUUGUUGGAUAUUAAACAUGUUAAAUUGUUUCUCUAUCUUUCUUAUAUUUCUCUUUUACAUCUUUGGUUUUUCCUCUAUAUCCUAACUUAGAGUUAGUCCCUCACUUUAUUUUGAGUAUUUUUAUUGAAUUUUUAAUUUUAGUGGCAUAUUUAAAUCCCGAAGAGUUUUCUUAUUAUCUGAUUGUGUCUUUUCCAUAGUAGCACUUGGGAUUUUCAAAGUUCACUUUAUUUCCUGAAUGAUCUGUUUCCUGGAGGUUGCAUUUUUCUUUUUGUGUUUCUGUGUCAUUUGUGGUUUUCAUAUGUCUGGUGAUAGAUUAUCUGUUCAUAUGUAAGAAAAAGAAACUGAGUAGCUGGUGUGUAGCAAUUGCUGUUUUCUCUUCUCUGCUUUGUUUUUAUUCAAGAUUUUUUUUGAUGUGGACCAUUUUUAAGUUCUUUAUUGAAUUUGUUACAGUAUUGCUUCUGUUUUAUGUUUUGGUUUCUCAGCUGUGAGGCAUGUGGGUUCUUAGCUCCCUGACCAGGGAUCAAACCUGCAUCCCCUGCAUUGGAAGGUAAAGUGUUAACCACUGGACUACCAGGGAAGUCCCAAGUCUUGUCUGCUUUUGUGUGAUAAGGUGGUCUUCACCCAAGUUUCUGUCCUGAGUGGAAAUUUUGACAUGGUACUCCAUGUGAGGUAGUGCAGAGCCAGGUUUAUAAAAUAUCAGACUUUACUUUAAGGGGCAUUGUGAUGAAUGGGCAAAGAACUCUUUUCAGGAUGUGGCCCGGCAAGUGUCAGGAAUAAAUAUCCUAGUGUUCUCCAAAAAAUUUUCUUUUAUUUCUUUAGAAAUGAGCCUUAAUGUUUUUGAAGGAAGGUUUGGAGGGAAACUAAUAAUUAUUAAAAUUAUAUGUUACAUACAAUGUAUUAUUAUUAUUACUAUUAUACAAUUUCUACGCACCUUACUGUUUUCUAAAUUCUUUACACAUAUCUCAUUUAAUCCUCAAAAUAAUGGUACAAUUGGUAUGCCAAUUUUAGAGAUGAACAAACUGGACAUACAGAAUUAAAGUAACUUGCCCAAGGCUACCUAGCUAGUAAGUGGUGGAAUCAGGAUUUGAGUCCAGGCAGCCUGACCCUAAAGACAUUACUUUUUUGUUUUUAUUUUUUUCUAUUUUGAAAUCUAUUAAACAUUCCAAAAAGUGUAUACAAUGUAUAUGUGCAGUUUAAAAUAAAAAUAAUAAAAUGUUCAUCACCCAGCUUAAGAAUUAGAACAAUACCAAGACCUUGGAAAUCCCUGUGUGCCUCCAUGAUAACAUCUUCCACCCUCAUUAUAAUCAACCACUAUCCUGAAUUUUUAAUUAAUUACUUGUUAUUCUUUGUAAUUAUAUCAGAUAUGCAUAUAUAGCUAAAUAAUACAUUGUUUGAUUUUUGUCUGUCUUUGAAAUUUAUAUAAAUGGAUUCAUGUAGUAUGGAUCAUCUGUGGGCUUGCUUUUUUCAAUCAUUAUGGUAUUGAAUUCAUCCAUGUUAAUGCAGUUCAUUCAUUUACACCACUCUACAGUAUUCCACUAUAUAAAUACACCUUCACCUUUAAAUUCAUUUUAAUGUUGAUUGACUUUUGGGUUGCUCCAAGAGUUUUGUUACCAUAAUAAUACCGCUAUAAGCAUUCUUGAAUACAUCUCCUCAUGCACUUGAGCAAGAGUUCCUUUUGGGUACAGGCACAUCUAGGAAGGUACUACCUGGGUCAUAACAACAACUAGAAAGAUAUCGAAGUGAAUAAAAUAGACUAUUAAAAGAUGCCAACACCAAGAUGAAAGAGAUGUUGGAAAUAUCUGAGAAUGAUUUUUAAGUGGACUGAAAAAUGCCUCAAUGAGCAAUUACAAACAUGCUUGAAACAAAAGAAAAAAUAUUCUCAGAAAAGAAAUGUAAAGUGGCAGCAAGGAAAUAAAGAAAUAUAAAGGAAUACCAAUGGAAUUUUUACAAAUUAAAAAUACAAUCAUUGAAAUGAAAAACAGUAGAUGAGCUCAACAACAGGAAGACAAAGAGUCAGGGAACUAGAAGAUAGAACAAUAGCAAUUAUGUACCCAAUUUGAGCAAAAGAGAGAAAACAGAGUGUAAAAAUUAACAGAGCCUCAGGGACCUGUUGGACAAUACCAAGAGAUCUAAUAUUUGUGUCACUGGAAUUCCAGAAGGAGAAGAGAAGACUUUCCAAAUGUGGCAAAAGAUAGAGACCCAGAGAUUCAAGAAGUCAAACAAAUCCAAAGCAAGAUAAACAAACAAACAAAAAAUUUAUACCAAAAGACACAGUCAAAUUUCUGAAAACUAAAAAGAAGGAAAAGAUCUUAAAAGCAGCAAGAAAGAAAUGACACAUUACCCAUAGGGCAAUAACUAUCUGAAUGAGAGUAGAUUUCUCAUCAGAAACCAUGGAUGUCAGAAGAAAAUGGUGUAUUUUCCAAGUGGUGAAAGAAAAGAAAAAUUAACCCAGAAUUCUAUGUCCAGUGAAAAUAUCCUCCUGGAAGAAACUGGUUGCCAGUAGGCCUACCCUAAAAAAAAAAAUUAAAAAAAAAAGGCUAAAGGGAGUUCUCCAAACAGAAAGGAAUCAAUAAAAAAAGGAAUCUUGGAACAUCAGGACAGAAGGAAGAACACAGUAAACAAAAAUAUGGGUAAACACAAUAGACUUUCCUUCUCCUUUUUAGAAUUUAGUUUUCUAAAUUAUGUUUCACGGUUGAAUCCAAAAUUAUAAUACUGUCUGAUAUAGUUCAAAAUGUAUGUAGAGGAAAUAUUUAAGACAAUUAUAAAUGGGGGAGAGUAAAGGGAGGAAGGUUUUCAACCCUUCUCUUGAACUGGUAAAAUGACAACCAGUAAACUGUGAUAAGUUAUGUGUGGGCCAACCACUAUAAAAGCUAUACAAAGUGAUACACUAAAACCCACUAUAGAGAAAUCAAAGUAGAAUUCUAAAAAACAUUCUAAUAACCCACAAGAAGACAGGAAAAAGAAAAUGGAGAAAGAAAAGAUAGACAAAUAAAAAAUAAAAUGGCAGACUUAAGCUUUAACAUAUCAGUAAUUAUAUUAAAUGUAAGUGGUCUGAACACACCAAUUAAAACAGAGAUGGGCAGAAUGGGUUUUUAAAAAUGACCAACCAUAUGCUGUCUAUAGGAAACUUCACUUCAAAUAUAAUGAUACAGGGGCUUCCCUGGUGGCACAGUGGUUAAGAAUCCUCCUGCCAGUGCAGGGGACACAGCGUCGAGCCCUGGUCUGGGAAGAUCCCACAGGCUGUGGAGCAACUAAGCCCGUGAACCACAACUAUUGAACCUGCGCUCUAGAGCCCAUGAGCCACAACUACUAAAGCCUGCUCACCUAGAGCCCAUGCUCUGCAACAAGAGAAGCCACUGCAGUGAGAAGCCCACACACCACAACAAAGAGUAGCCCCCACUUGCCGCAACUAGAGAAAACCCAUGCGCAGCAAUGAAGACCCAAUGCAGCCAAAAAUUAAUUAAUUAAUUAAUUAGAAAAUAUAUAUAAUGAUACAGGCAGAUUGAAAAUAAAAAGAUAGAAAAAUAUAUUAUGCAAAGAAAAUGACAUUGGAGAUAUAGUAGGACAUUAUAUAAUGAUAAAAGAAGACAUAGAAAGCCUAAAUAUGUACACACCAAACAACAGAGUUGAAAAAUAUGUGAAGCAAAACCUGAUAGAACUGAAAGGAGAAAUAGAUCCACAAUUAAAGUUGGAGACUUAAACACCCUCUCUCAACCCUAUCUCAACUGACAGAACAACUAGGCAGAAAAUCAGCGAGAGUACAGAAAACUCAAUACCAUCAACCAACAUAUUUAUAGAACACCCACCCAAGAACUCCAGAAUACACAUCCUUUUCAAAUGCUCAGAGAACAUAUACAAGACAGACCAUUUAAACAAGUCCAUAAUAUAAACUUCAACCAAUUUUUAAAAAUUGAAAUCAUACAGCAUGGGUUCUCCAACCACAAUGGAAUCAAACUAAAAAUCAACAGAAAAAUAACAGGAAAAUCUUCAAACACUUGGAAACUAAACAACACACUUCUAACUAAUCCAUGGGUCAAACACAAAGUCUCAAGGGAAAAUUUUCAAAUAUAUUGAAGUGAAUGAUCUUCCCCAACCAUUUCAGAUUUCAAAUGUGUUUAGCAUCAAACUGUUUAUAUUUUAAAACUUUUCUGCUGCAUAUAUCACAUCAGUUGAAAGGUUUUCGUAAGUUAUUGGCUUAUAUAUCAUUUCUGUCUUUUCCCUGAAUAAUUGUGUUUUUCCUUGCACAUAACUAAAUUCAGAAAGAUUUCCAAGAGGUUCAAUCCAUCCUUGAAGUUUAGUCUUUAUCUUUCAUUUUUAAUAACUUGAAGAUUUUUUAAAUGUUAUAAUGGAAUGAAAGGAAAACAAACACACGUGGCAUAUAAAUGGAAAUCAGCUUGAUCAGCUAUGCAACAGUUAUAAGUUAACUAAAUAAAAUUAAGUUUAACACACUUUACAAUGUUUCAUCAGUUAAAGUACUAUUUCAACUCACCGGUAAUAAUACAACUAAAUUAAUCUUGAAAUGGUCACUUCAAAUUAGCAUACAUAAGCAAGAAAGAGCAUGGGACACGGUGAUUUUUUACAUUGUUUACCUUUCUGUGUUGUGUCCAGAGGAGACCGAUAUUUUGCCACCUAAUUAUUAAAAUUAACCUGGAAAAUAUAAUUAAGACAGUUCCCAGUGAAUCAUGGAAACGUUCAUUAUCUUUAACACUGAUGGAUCCAUUUGUUAAAAAUGAUACAGUUAAGAUUGGUGCAUUUCAAUUUGUGUAAACAUUAUCUUAAGAAAAGAACUAUACAGUACUGGCACAAAAACAGAAAUAUAGAUCAAUGGAACAGGAUAGAAAACCCAGAGAUAAACCCAUGCACAUAUGGUCACCUUAUCUUUGAUAAAGGAGGCAAGAAUAUACAGUGGAGAAAAGACAGCCUCUUCAAUAAGUGGUGCUGGGGAAACUGGACAGCUACAUGUAAAAGAAUGAAAUUAGAACACUCCCUAACACCAUACACAAAAAUAAACUCAAAAUAGAUUGAAAACCUAAAUGUAAGGCCAGACACUAUAAAACUCUUAGAGGAAAACAUAGGCAGAACACUCUAUAACAUAAAUCACAGCAAGAUCCUUUUUGACCCACCUCCUAGAGAAAUGGAAAUAAAAACAAAAAUAAACAAAUGGGACCUAAUGAAAGUUAAAAGCUUUUGCACAGCAAAGAAAACCAUAAACAAGACGAAAAGACCCUCAGAAUGGGAGAAAAUAUUUGCAAAUGAAGCAACUGACAAAGGAUUAAUCUCCAAAAUUUACAAGCAGCUCAUGCAGCUCAAUAUGAAAAAAACAAAAAGCCCAAUCCGAAAUUGGGCAGAAGACCUAAACAGACAUUUCUCCAAAGAAGAUAUGCAGAUUGCCAACAAACACAUGAAAGAAUGCUCAACAUCAUUAAUCAUUAGAGAAAUGCAAAUCAAAACUACAAUGAGAUAUCAUCUCACACCGGUCAGAAUGGCCAUCAUCAAAAAAUCUACAAACAAUAAAUGCUGGAGAGGGUGUGGAGAAAAGGGAACACUCUUGCACUGCUGGUGGGAAUGUGAAUUGGUACAGCCAGUAUGGAGAACAGUAUGGAGGUUCCUUAAAAAACUAAAAAUAGAACUACCCUAUGACCCAGCAAUCCCACUACUGGGCAUAUACCCUGAGAAAACCACAAUUC